CAAAAACACAGAGAAUUUAAAAUAAUAAUUAUUGCAGUGUUCAUCUCUAUUUUAAAGGGAAGGGUAAAAAAAAAGAUUUCUUGAAGAAUUAGCAAGGCAGAAAUUUAGAUGGUUUGAUUUACACGACCACCACUCUCUCUGUGGGUAAUUUUAGCACUUUUAAUUAGGAAGCGCCACCUGAAUAUACACGUUUCAGAAAUAUACACGAUGGGGCCUCAAUGAAACGUCAGGAGCAAAGUCAGGAAAAUAAACUAAGAACAGAGCCUAAUUAGUACAGUCAUAGAGCAGCGCACAGUUCAGAUUGCGCUAUAUUCCACGCAACACUACGGAAGAAUGACUGAUAAGUUCGGAAAUGUGCAUGCAUGACGAAUUUGCGUCGCAAAAUGAAAAUAGGGACCUCACUCGAGACACCAGGUACAUGUACCUUAGACCCGUUGGACAAUCUCUAGGCGGGUCAACAUUAAGAUAUUUCCCUGCUAACCAAUGCUUCAAAAUCUAUCUAACGGAAUUAAUUGCUAAAUUGAUCACACCGUAUCCGCAGAAAGGCGCAAAAUCGUUCAACGAACUUGGCUGUCACAAUGCUUAAAAUGCGAUAUUAGAUUGCGCUAUGCAAUUCUACCAGCGGACACAGCAGUCGCUUUAGCCAGUUUAACUGGUGCCGGUGACAAGCUCCAAUUGCAACGAAUGACUAACGUUAGCCAGCACUGAAAAUCUCAGUAUUAUAUAUAGGCCAUUCUUAAAUAUGAGUUAUUGUGUACACGAUCCAUAAUUGACUACGUAUCUAGUAAAGACUGCCAACUAGCCAACUAACGUUAACGUUAACCCACUGACUGCGUUGGAAAAGAUUACAUUUAUUUCCAUUCUAUAAUGAUACAAUACCACUUGUUAACAGGUACAGCAAUGCUCUGUUCAGUGCAACAUCAGUCUAUUUUAAGGCUGCCAUGUACAGUAGCUGGCCCCAAUAGAGUACAUUGGUCAGCCAGCAGGCUGUGUAGCUACCCAACUGUUUUGUCUGUACUGACAUACUCUUACCUUAUCCUUCCACGCUCAGUCACUGACAGUCACUGCAGCGCAGACGUGUGGUUGUGUUUAGCUUAGCUUGGCUAUCGGUAGCUUAGCUAUGUUUCAUGCUUCCGCUCACUCAGGGCCUUCUCAUUGGUUUAUAUUUGUGAUACGAAUGGUUCGUCAUAGGAAUCAUAACAUAGUAUAUCGUAUGAUUCAUGUACACAGAUUAAACAUGUUCACAUUUUUAUGGCUUAAAAAGGUACGCAUAUAAGCCAGCUAUAACUAAAUAAAUAAAAAAUAUGAAAGUUGCCUUCAAUGAUGUCAUCUCUGUGCGACGACGCCGCCGCAAGUGAGCGAGCAAAGAAUAGUAAGGAGCGGGCUCAUCUAGCUGCCGUCUACAUAGAGUGAAAUGAAUGGUUUGUCAGUAUACUGAAAUAUCUAAACAGGAAACAUAACUUCCCAUAUGUAGCUAGAUGGAUUGUGCCGGUCAGCCUAAGGCUCUGCGCAAUCUGAGCCUUAGAAUGGAUUCGGUGUCCAGCCAGAUAGCGAUCGGCGUUCUGGCCGGCGUGGGCUGCGGACUGUGCAUCGGGUGGCUCCUCCGCGGUCGGCUGGGCGGGCGGGCGAGGGGCCUGAUGCCCGCGGGCGCGAACGGCGGCGGGAGCGUGACCAGCGUGAUGGGCGAGAGCGGCGAGUUCAAGAUGACCCUGGUGGUGCGGAACGACCUGAAGAUGGGCAAGGGCAAGGUGGCGGCGCAGUGCUCGCACGCGGCCGUCUCCGCCUUCAAGCAGGUCCAGCGCCGGAACCCGGACCUCCUCAGGCAGUGGGAGUACUGCGGCCAGCCCAAGGUGGUGGUCCGGGCGCCGGACGAGGAGAGCCUGAUCGAGCUGCUGGCCCACGCUAAGGAGCUCGGGCUGCCCGUCAGCCUGAUUCAGGACGCAGGGAGGACCCAGAUCGCCCCUGGCUCACGCACUGUGUUGGGUAUUGGGCCGGGCCCAGUCGAUCUCGUGGACAAAGUCACUGGACACUUAAAACUUUAUUAAGGUUCCUCUAGCAGAGAAAGUAGAUCACGGCCUGUCAACAGACCAUACAGUUGUACAGUGCAUUCCCGUCUAAAUGGCUGUAAAUGUCAAUUUUUUUAUUUUACAACAGAACCUUGGAAUUAAAUUAAACUACAUUUUGAUUAAAGAUCUCCUUUGCACGACAGUAAGCGGUUCCCACUGGAUCCUUUGGUCUCAACAGAGAUCCAAGAAAACCCAUUUCUGUUGGGGUUUGAGAAGUCUAGGAAUAAGUGCAUGGAAUAAAACACAUUUGUUGAGCAAUUUAACAUGAGUGCUGGCUGAACCCAUUCAUUUUCCACGAAGCAGUUUAUGCAAAAUGGCUACAUUUAUUUUGUCUCACCACAGAAUAAGAUGCAUAUUUGAAGCCAGUAUGUUCUCCACGUGUUGCAGGUCAUUUUAGAAUGCGAGCCCACUGGGGUCUGUAAGGAGUUGAGGAAUAGACAUUCCAAAAAUUGACGACUCUGUUGAGAUUUUUCAGGUUACUAUUUUAAUCGUAAUGCUAACAGUUUUUAAAUCUGAUACAUUUCUUCAUGGGAUUCCUUAAAUAAACAUCUUUCGAUAAUGAAAA